AUGAGCGUGCAGCGUCCCGCGCAGGCCCGCCCCCGUAUGAAGGCCGUUGGGCCAAUGAGCGUGGGGCGUCCGAAUCUGGCCCUCCCCCGACUGACGGAGGAGCUGCUCCCGCGGCUCAGUCCGUGCUCCGGUCCGCCGUCCGUGUCCGGGCCCUCCGUCCCUCCCGCGCUGCGAACCCGGCGGAGCCCAGAUGGUGGACCCGCGCUGUGCUCGGCUACGCCUCCCUCCCGGCGCGGAGGCGCCGGCGGCGCCUACCUCGUCCGCUGGGCCCCCCGGCGCCGCACUCGCCGCUUCGCGACUCUCCCGCGGCGGACGGAGGGCGGCGAUCGACUCGCAUGUAGAGCCGCCGCCACGGCCGGACCUGCGCCCGUCCAGGUCGGCCGCCUCCAGCCUGGCGCCGUCGCGCGGCGCGACCAGGAACCCCGAUGCGGCCGCGGCGCGUGCGGCCGCCUGUCCCCCGCCGACCGCUUCGCCAAGGCCGCCGAGAGCCCGGCCGGGAAGCGGCUCCGGCCGCCGGGGACCUGCGGCGGAGCGUCCAGAGCGGGCCCCGCUUCAGGGGUGAAGGCGACAGCGACGGCUCUGUGGGCCCCAAGUGGCAGGUCAAUCACUACCAUCCCAUCCAGUCAGAGCGAGUCUGCAUGCAGCAAGCGGGUCUCUGCCUCUGGGCCUCCAUGCCUACACAGCCAUCCCACACAGCCAUCCUCUGGGGCUCUGACCUCAGAACUGCCACCACUCCAGCCUCUUCUCUGCUCUCCUGCAGCCUCGCCGCUGUGUCACCGUGUCACCCAGAGCACUGGGUGGAGCUCUUUCUAUAGAGUCGAUAGCAACAUAUUGCCCACAUGAGUGGUGAGCUAGCCGACUAGGCCCAGGUGAGAAUCCUGGCCACAGGAACUUUCAUUUUAUCCACACUUAACACAGUCUUUAGCGAACAUACAAUAACUCAGCCCACCUUGGAGGCAGGGAGGGCAGUCUUAACUGAUAUGCUCCCCAACCAGGAAGCUGCUCUCCUGGAGGGAAUCCAUCUGAGCAGUGCAUUGCAUUUCUUGUGUUAAGCUAAUUUUGCAUAAUGACCCGGAGGACUGAUAAGAAACUUCAUGUCUAAUCUUGAGACCACUUCACAGGUCCACACCCCUAGCCCUUUGUCACAUUUGUGAAAAAUCCUUCCAAGGGGGAGCCCCCACCCUUUCAGUGCAACUCCCGCUCUGAGGUAGCCCACACUCCCCUCUCUCUGAGUGUGCACUUUCUCUCUGUAAAUUAAACUUUUACUCUACUUCACUGCUGUGUCUCUGCCC